GACUCUGUUGCCAUCUCUCUCUCUCUCUCUCUCUAAAACUUGUCUCAAAUCUCUCUCUGUGUUAACUAUAAUCCAAUGUCAGUGAUAUGUAGAUGUUGAAAGGGAGCCGUUGCGGAUCUGAAUUUUGUGUUAGGGUUUAAAAAGGUUUUUUUUUUUUUUUUUGUUUCUCUUUUGUUUUCUUCAACGGCCACACCAUUUACCAUUCCCUUCACUGCAUUGAACGAUAUAUAGAGUUUGUACUUUUUAAAUUAUGCCUGGAAUGUGUUAUUUUUUAUUCCUUUUUAUUAUCUGUUAGAAUUGGAAGUUCUCUCAAGAUGUUUUGUACGAUGGAGUGAUUUUCUUAUUGGUGUCUGAAACACAAUUGUUAUAUAACAAUCCUCAUCUUAUCAAUAAAAAGAAAUUUUUAAUGCAACAUCCUUGGAGUGAAACUGUCCGUAUAGCUAGUAUUUUUCAGGCGUGGUUAUUGAUUUUUAUUAAAUUUUAAUGAAAGUCUAUUUCCGUUGUUUGUAAAUUGGCACCAUGUGUUUGAUGAAUUAACGAAUAUGUAUUUUUUUUUUUAGUUGUUUCAUCCGUGCUAGCCCUUGAACAACCCCUAAUAUGAAAUUAUGGAAGCCUGUGAAAUUAAUUGAAUUCUAUUAUGUAGUUAUAAAUGUUUUGGUACAAGUUAGAACACACUGUGAAAAAUGCUUAUAGCCUAAUACAUAUAUGGUGAUGACGCCAUUUCAGUUCGUGUGCUUCCUUUAUGAGCUAAGAUAUGGUAUGAAGAGAAAUUUCUGAACUCCUUUUGGUUAAAUAGAACAACCAAGAUAACAAGUGCAGUGAAAUUGCUAUGGACCCGUCUAUUGUGAAGCUUCUUGAAGAUGAUGAGGAUGAAACAAUGCAUUCAGGGGUGGACGUGGAAGCCUUCCAGGCUGCCCUAAAUAGAGAUAUUGGAGGAGCUGCGUCUACUUCUCAGCUUUCUGGUUCAGAUGCAGUUUUGACUCAAGCAAGCAAUAAUACAUUCAGUCAGUCAUUACCACAGUGGCCAACUUCUGGUCAUGACAGCCGAACUGACAGUCAAAAUCAAGAGCCUAAAACUGCACAGCAGCAAGAACAACCUUCAUCUGAGAUGGAGCUGCAGCAACAUGGAUCUCUUGUGGAACAACUACAGCAUGUUGCUUCUCAGGAUGUAAAUAAUCCUCCUUUGUCACAGAAACAAUCUCAAGAUGAAUGUCACCAAGUGCCGACUGUGCAAGCUUCUCUCCAAAAUUCCCAAGUGAUUGGAAUUCAGAAUUCUGGUAAAGAUUCAGUCCUUACUAAUGAGGUAGUCAAAACUCAUAACCCCAGCAGUGAAUCUCAGUAUGCAAAGCUGCAGCAGAUGAGUAAUCAACAGGCUACAGUCACUGAACAGCCAAGCAGCCAAACUAACCGUAGUAAACAGGCACCAAUGGGUAAACAGGUACCAUUUGGCUUGUUGCUACCCCUUUUGGUUCCCCAACUUCCCAAAGACAGAGCCAUGCAGCUUCAAACUUUAUUUGCUAAAUUGAAGAAAGAUGAAAUACCAAAAGACAAUUUUGUGCGGCAUAUGAAAGCUAUUGUAGGGGAACCGAUGCUUAGAUUAGCAUUAACAAAAGUGCAAUCACAGACAAGACCCAUUCAAGGACCUGCUGGGCAGCAGCACCCUGUAAGGAUGCCAACUGUUAGUUCCAGUGCAAGACAAUUGAAUGAUCCCAAUGCUUUAGCGCACAUGCAUCAGAGAAGUAUGAAUGCUGCUGCCGACCAAUCUCGUAUGAAUUCUUCAGCUGUCCAAACUGUGGAGAGCAAUGCUAGAAAAUCUCAGGAAUUGGAUGUUAAAAUAGAAUCUCAAGGAUUGCAACCAAGCAAAUUGCCAUCUUCCAGUUCCAAUGCUGUUAGUCAAGAAACAGAAAGAUCAUCAGUUCACAUGCAAGGGCUUAAUAAGCAGCAGCAACAACAUCUACAUAUCCCAUCAGCAUAUGGAAGUAGUAGUGGUAAUUAUAACCCUUUUUCUGGGACAACCAGUAAUUCUACUUCAUCUAGCAAACCGCAAACACAUGAUUCACACAUGAGUCAAAUUCCACAUCAAAGCAUUGGUUCAAAUCACUUAGGUGGGGCAACACAGGGUUUGAAUGUGAUUGGUAUGCCAAAAGUUGAACGGCAGAAUUCUUUCAAUGAUCCCAAGAGACUGCCAGGUGGAUCUAUGUCUACUGCUGUAAAUAAUACAGCAUCUCAACAUACUUCUUGGCAACCAUCAACAAACAAAGAACAAAAUUUGGGCUUGUUAUCAUCUGUUUCUUAUGUCAAAAAGGAACCUGGUGACUUGUCUACUGAGCAGCAACAUAGGCAUAAUUUAUCUAAAUUGCAUGGAUUACCUUCUGUUAAUGCUGCGCAGAUCGAACAGGGUAGUGCUAAUCAAGGAACUGUAAAGGAUGAGUUUUCAAGAGGUCUUCCAGCAUCCACAAGCAUGCCACCUACAACAUCUACUAGCUUUCUGCCACUCAAUUCUGCUUCCCCUUCUGUAAUGACUCAACUAGACCCUACUGUCUCGAUCCCAUCAAACGCUUCUGGAAUUAUUGCAAGGACAUCUCUUAAAAAGCCUUCAGUUGGCCAGAAGAAACCACUUGAAGCACUUGGUUCCUCACCCCCUCCUCCGAGUAAGAAACAAAAAGCAUCUGGGGGAUCUGUUGAACAAAGCAUUGAACAGCUUAAUGAUGUCACUGCUGUUAGUGGAGUUGAUCUUAGGGAAGAAGAAGAGCAGUUAUUUUCAGGGCCCAAAGAGGACAGUCGAAUUUCAGAAGCAUCUCGAAAAGCUGUGCAAGAAGAAGAGGAAAGGCUAAUCUUGCAGAAAGCUCCAUUGCAAAAAAAGUUAAUUGACAUUAUGGCCAAGAGUGGCUUGAAGGGUAUGAGCAAUGAUGUGGAGAAAUGCUUGUCACUGUGUGUGGAGGAAAGGAUGCGUGGACUGAUAAGUAACCUGAUUAGACUGUCAAAACAGCGGGUUGAUUUUGAGAGGACAAGACAUCGGACUGUUGUCACCUCAGAUGUUCGGCAGCAAAUCAUGACAAUAAAUAGGAAAGUAAGGGAUGAGUGGGAGAAAAAACAGGCAGAAGCUGAGAAGCUUCGGAAGCUAAAUGAUGUGGAGAGCAAUAAUGGAGUUGAGGGUGACAAGGAGAAGGAUGAUGGUCGUUCUAAAUCAACAAAGGUGAACAAGGAAGAGGAUGACAAAAUGAGGACAAAUGCUGCAAAUGUUGCUGCCCGUGCUGCUGUGGGAGGAGAUGACAUGCUGUCAAAGUGGCAACUUAUGGCUGAGCAAGCCAGGCAGAAACGUGAAGGAGGGAUGGACAUGUCAUCUGGUUCUCAACCAGCUAAAGAUGUGAACCGCAAAUCUUUGUCAACUUCUGGAAAAAAUACGAAGGAUAAUCAAGAAGGGGAGAAAAAAGGUCCAACCACUUUUCUUGCAACUUCAGGGGCUGCUCGAAAACAUGGGAGAAAUCAUUCCCUUGCACCUCAAACUAGGGUAGCUCGAAGCAUCUCUGUUAAGGAUGUAAUUGCAGUCCUGGAGAGGGAACCCCAGAUGUCUAAAUCACCACUCAUACAUCGCUUGUAUGAGAGAAUUCAUUCUGAUUCCCCGGCUGAAUAAGGUCAAACGGAGUGCGUUGGUGAUCUUGGCUUUCUAGUUUUAAUGGUGAGCUUAUUAUUACAUUAUGCUUACCAACUGAAAUUGAAAGGUUUCCUCAAGCUGGAAAUAAGCUGUAUUGACGUACACUUCACUAUGUAUAACCCAUAUAGUUUACUUGUUAAAUUUGAUUUGCUCCCAUUAUCAGUA